AUGACGGAGAAAGACAUCGUCUUCAUCACAGGUGCCAAUACUGGGAUUGGGUUCGAGGUUGUCAAGGCGUUGCUUCAAUCUCCAAAGGGAUAUCACAUACUUCUUGGAAGCCGGUCGUUGGAAAAGGGAAAAGAGGCGAUUUCUCAGCUAGCUGAGGUUCUAGAAGGCUCUUCUAAUACCGUUGAACUGGUUGAGAUUGACGUCACAGUUGAUGAAACCAUCAACAAAGCUGCGGAGUUGGUCGAGACCAAGUUUGGAAGACUCGACGCACUCGUAAACAAUGCUGGCGCCGCUUUUGAUAAGCUCUUCACAAGCGAUGCGACUGACUUCCGGACUCUGUUCAACAAGUCUUACGACGUUAAUGUUUCCGGAGCUCAGGUCACAACCGCUGCUUUUGCUCCUCUUCUUAUCAAGUCAAAAAAUGCGAGACUGCUCUUCCUCACAUCAGGGACGGCCAACUUAACUGGCCACGAGCAGGCACUCAUACCUGCCAGAGCUGCUAGUGUGCCAAAGGGCUGGCCGAAGGAAGGGCUCAUUGGCGGCCAGGCUUACAAGGCUUGCAAAACUGCGCUGAACAUGGUCAUGAUAACCUGGCAUUGGUUUCUAAAGGAUGACGGUGUCAAGGUGUGGUCUAUCAGCCCUGGAAUGCUUGCAACGAACCUCACUGGAAAUCCAGAAAUGCUAAGAAAGGCCGGGGCUGGGGAACCUUCGCUCGGAGGUGACCUCAUCAGACGAGUGUUGGAAGGGGAGCGGGAUGCUGAUGUGGCUCGUGUAGUUACCCAAAAUGGCGCAGUCCAGCCAUGGUGA